CGACCCUCAUGUUUUCCAGUUGUAUUCUAGUUAUUAAAGUCUAUUUGUUCAGAUGUUUUUUUUUUAACAAGAUCUUUCAAUGCAGUUUGUGUUUCUUCUGUUUAGCUUGAGGGUACAGAGCUGCAGCAGUCUUCACAUGACCUACCAUGACUCUACCUCCUCAAAGGAAGAUAUUCAUGCAACGAGCACAUCUAAUGUUUUAUUAAAAAAAAACAAGGCUGAUUGCGUAAAUACGCUCUCUCAGUCGAUUACCAACCUAGCACCAGUGCUUCCUGAUAUCCUUCCUCUGUGGGUACUGUGCUUGCCAACCAGCCUCUGCUGGGUAUCUGUUUGCCUCUGCUGCGUGGCGUGGUGGUAAGCUUAGGGUGAUGGAUGGUAAGAAUGUGUUUUAUCAAAUGUGCUGUUGUUCCUGUGGAGAACAGGAACCAGAAGAGAAGACUCCGAUCAUCAGUGAAACUUUGCUGUACUUUGGCCGGGAAGCCAAGCGUCGCAGAGCUGAGGAAGCCAACCUGUGGAGCGAGCCCCAGGACACGUCCCACACGGAGAGAGACGAUGAUAGGGAGCUGUAUAACCUGCUCCAGAAACGGGCCAAAACACGCCGAGGUUCUCAGGGUUACCGCAGGCUCAGUUUCGACAUCCACUCCGUCCGGCAAGUACGCAGAGACGUCCUGGGCAAAUGGAAGAUGAUCUUGGAAGUCCUAGGAUUUCACAAGGAAGCGGAUUCCCUGCUGACUGUCACGUCCACCACCUCCUACAACAACUUGCGGAACCCUACAGAGGCAAAGCACCUGCUGGAACUACUCUCUCAGGACACCUCUAUAUUCGACAACAAGAUGCCUGCGGAGAGAUACAUCUUUGUUCUGGAUCGGUUGAUCAUACUGGACAUUGCACAGGACUUUAUGAUGAAGGCUAAAAAUUACUAUCCCCGGGAACUGGGCCAGGAGAGCGAGAUAGACAGUGAGGAUACAGGUGCCAUUCUACUCAGGAAAAAGAAUGAAAUCGACUCAGUGACAGACGAGGAGCCAGAGGAGAUUGAUGAGGACAUUCUUCUGGCUCGCUCCUUGGAUUAAUCACCGAAUCUCCCAUCAAAUGUCUCUUUCCUGAGAUUUCUGAGGUGUUCAUUGGGUGCUGGAAUCUUUUUUCACUUUCUUCUUUUUCUGCCAACUUUCCUGCUUUACGUUACCAACCUGCGCGCUCUGCUCCCUCCGCUCGGCGGGCACUGGCCUGUUCCAUGUCCCCCUCCCU